AUGGAGACCCAAAUGUGUCUUCUCUGGAAGGCUCGGCAAACCGCCGUCCUGUCAAACCCGCACUCGGCCCGGGAAUGCUCAAUCCCUGCCAACCAGCCCAGCCUCCGUAUGUCCCCAACCCUGCCGCCCCCGGAAGGGCUGAACCUUCCGCCCAACCCGCCCAUGGUCCGGCCCUCGGAACCCGGGACCCCGGACCCCGGCUCCCGGCAACCUCCCCCGGCAACCUCCUCCCCGGACCCAGCCGCCGCACACCGCUCGUCGCGACUCCCUCAGCUCCUCGGGUUUCUCCCCUCCACCUCGCUACGCUACGCUACACUAGUGUAA